GAUAGGCAAGGUGUUCUCAGGGGACGACACAGCCUCUGCAGGGGAAGACUCAGCAUGCUCAGGACAUUAUAAGCUCCAAAACACUGUACUGGGAUGAAAAGUAUCACCUUUCUCAUGCGGCAGAGGGCGCUUGCGACUCUCCAAUCAAAUAGGGAUUCGGCAUCCCACAGAGCCACAUUUUAGACACAACCGCGCAUUUGGUACUCGAAGCAACAACGUGAGAAGACCCAGGCACAAGCGACUGCCAUGUGAAUGCGCACCAACAAGUACCAGGAGAAGUGUAAACUUUCAUCUCAGACAUGAAAACUACAACAGAAAAAAGUUGCCGGUCGGACCAUACAUAUUCCCAUCAAGGUGAAAGUGAAAGACACCGGUCAUGGAUUUGUACGUUUCAGUCGUUGAUUACUUUAACGGCAUGGACAGUAAUGUUGUGCGGAUUAGCGUGGAGUAUGACCAUGGUAUACAGACUGCAAGACAGGGUAGACAGACUGGAAACACAGUGUUCCAAGAAUGAAAAAGUGGAUCUGCAAAAGUAUCUUGAUGAGAAUUUACAGAGAGAAGUUAGCCGGCAUAUGAUGAUUCAUUUGGCUAAAUCUCGAAAAGUAAGAGCCUCAGGUGAGGGGCAAUGCUUAUGCCCGCCAGGAGAAAAAGGAGAAAAGGGCAGGAUAGGCUAUCCAGGUCAGAAAGGAGAGAAAGGUCCAGAGGGCAAGAAAGGAGACACCGGACUCAGUGGCUUCCCGGGACAAGUGGGUCUUCCAGGCUGGCCAGGCCCAAUGGGUCCAAGGGGAUUCAAGGGGGACAAGGGCGAAAUGGGAUAUCGAGGCGGUCGGGGCUAUUCAGGAUUUCCGGGUUCCAUUGGUCAUCCAGGACCCAAAGGAGAACCAGGUGUAAAAGGACGGAAAGGAGAUCCAGGAAUUAAGGGUCCAAAAGGAGAUAAAGGGGACAGGGGUAUUGAAGGAAAACCAGGGCUGGAUGGGACAAAUGGAGCCAAGGGAGUUAAACGUUCAAUAAAAUUUAAUGAUGGCACAGUAGGCUAUGCAGAAGUGGUGAAAAUUAAGGGCGGCUUGUACGAGGUUAUCACCAUAAAGGGGGAGCCAGGGGCGAUUGGCCCCCCAGGGCCAAGAGGAGAAAAAGGCGAGACUGGAAUCCCAGGUUUAGAUGGUAGCAGAGGGUCACCAGGGCCUGAGGGCCCACAGGGACCUCCAGGCCCACCAGGUCCAAAAGGUCCAGAGGGUCCACCAGGUCCACCCGGUAAUAUAGGUCCAGAUGGACCUAUGGGUCGUGCAGGUCCAAAGGGCGAACAAGGUUCAGAAGGCAAACGGGGGCUGCCUGGUUUCCAUGGUGAACCUGGAAUCCCUGGAGCUCCUGGAAUUAAAGGGGAUAGGGGUGAUGUUGGUCCCAAGGGUAUGAUGGGAAUUAGAGGCCUGCCGGGUAUGACAGGGGCACCAGGCAAGGGGCUCCCUGGGGAAAAGGGGGAAAAGGGAGACGAUGGAGGGUAUAAUGGCGUAGCCUUGCCAGGGCCGCCAGGACCUAAGGGAGAUACAGGGGAUAAGGGAGAUAAAGGGGAUGCAGGGGAUCCCGGAAAACCAGGACAAAAGGGAGCUCAGGGAGAUACAGGUUUUCCAGGACCCAAAGGGGACAUUGGCCCCCCUGGGUUGCAAGGGGAACAGGGAGCAAGAGGCUACAAGGGUGACAGAGGAGAGCCGGGGAACAGUGCUCCCACAGAUGGUGCUGGGAACCCACUGUGGAUUCAGGGACCUCCAGGACCCCCAGGACCUCCAGGAAAAACGAAAAGGACAAAUCGCUGCAGAUAUACGGUACUUAAGGGACAUAGAGCCCGGCAUCUGCAGAUUCCACGGAUGAAUAAGCGGAAAUUGCGUGCCUUGAUCAUACAUGAUAUAAUAAAAGAGGGAGAACCUGGUGUCGGUAAGCCAGGCCCACAGGGUGAUAAGGGAGAGAAAGGAGACAAGGGGUCCAGAGGCCGCAGGGGGAAAAUACCAAAAGAUCUCCAUGAGCUACAGGGCCCCCCUGGGUUACCAGGCCUCACUGGGCAAAAGGGGGAUAUGGGCAUGCCAGGGGCAAAGGGAGAGCCGGGCCCUAUUGGCUUUACAGGCAAAGAUGGUAGAGAUGGUGAACCAGGACGACAUGGUGCUCCAGGUUUUAAGGGAGACAAAGGUGACAUGGGCGAGACAGGGUUAAUAGGACCACCGGGUCUACCAGGACCUCCUCCUAUGAAAAGGGAAGGAGGACAGGAUGAUGAUGAUGAUGAGUUACUGGAGAUGCCUGUCGGUGAGCCAGGAUCAAUAGAAGGAGCCAGUGGUGAAGGGCUAAUUGGACCUCCUGGACCACCAGGACCUAUGGGUCCAAUGGGCCUUCAAGGGCCUCCAGGCAUCAAGGGUGAACAAGGCAUGAGAGGACCCAAGGGUGAUCUGGGUUUCACAGGAGAAAAGGGGGACUCUGGGCCCAUGGGACUCCCAGGUGCCAUGGGACCAGCGGGAGCAGGUAUUCCGGGAACAGAUGGCAUACCGGGGCCACCAGGUCCAAAAGGAGAAUUUGGAGAAAGGGGAUAUAGGGGAGAGAAGGGAGACAGGGGUGGAGAUGGCCUGAUAGGGCCUCAGGGAUUGCCCGGGGUAAAAGGUGAACCCGGAAGCAAGGGAAAUGAGGGAAGAAGAGGCAGACGUGGACGACAGGGAAUGAAAGGAAGUAAAGGAGAACAGGGCGCCCCUGGUCUGGAUGCCCCGUGUCCUAUUGGAGAGGAUGGUUUGCCAUUACCAGGGUGUAGUUGGAGACCACAGCAGGGUGUACCUGGCUUUGACACGCCUUGUGCAUAUUCUUUGGACGGAAAUAAGGUGAUGACACUGUAUGACCUGUGUCAAGAUGUCCAAGAUGUAAAGCCAGCCCCUUUGACUUAGAGAAAAUGCAUGUUGAAUGAUAUUGGAAAGAGGAGGAGCUGCACCACUAGGAACUUUAACAAUAGCAGAAAUGGAGACCAUAGACAAGCAGAGGCAAAGGCGACUACAAAAAAAUUCUUAGCCC